UGAAUGUACGGACAGACCCUGUGCUUUUGUACUGGGCACAGGAAUAAAUACGUACGAAAAGAUACAUAUUCCGUCGAAGGCUAGUGCGAUGCCGCUUGUGACCUCGAAUCGAGCUAUGAGAAGUAUGACCGGUGUUCUGUCUUUUUACUCGACUCCAAUUGUUCGGAAACAACAGUACAAAUCUUGCGGACACGCAGAUUGUGCAGCGAUGGGUCAUAAGUUUGCAAUGAUGUUGCAUGGAGGCCGAAUCAGACUGGACAGCGGACAGUAACAUUUUGGAAACUCGUGCUGUGCAAAGACUUCUGCAAGCUGGAUCGUUUGGACUUCAGCAACAGACCCUUCUUGCAGUCUCAGCCUCGUCGUGCCGAGCUGAGACACCGGAUUCAUGAGGAGGUCGCCUGCAACCAGACUUGGAACUUCUGCAGAAGCUGGAAUAAUGACGACAAAAAUCCUCUUCCUGACCCACAUCAUUAGAUGUCUGGAUAUCUGAGAACUUCCACAUGCGGUCGGAUGGGAUCUCCGUGGGAACGGUUCCUCGUUCGUCAGGCAGUGGCAGUCAGUGCUCUCUUGUUUACUCUGGUCUCAAAGUGACGCGUCUUAUUCUGACACAUCGAUCGGAUGUCUUAUUUUAGUUUCAGCUGCGGUUGGCGAUUUGUUCAUCUGUUCUGUGAGCGGAUGGGUCCAGUAGGUGUGGGUGAGUUAGUUAUCGCCUGUAAUUUUCUGUUGUCCGAAACCUUGAAAUGAUCUUGGUUGGUGAAAGUACUUCACAGCGGGAACGACUGCCAUGUGAAACGAAAAUCCCAGAUCUGCUUGUCUGUGCAAGGUUUAUGUGCAUCCUUUGUCCGAUUGCCAGCUUCCACUCGGGCAAUGUGGUGGAUCGCAAUGAUGAGAAGGCGAAGCAAAAGAAGGAUAAAUCAAAACGAAUGGCAUCAGAACUCAGAGAGAAACGGACCAUCAGCUUCUGCGACUGAAUUUCGAUGCGAGCAAGCAGAUUCAGAGUUGAAGAUUCUCCAGCGGGAAGUGUGGUCAGAGAUGAUCAGAUAUGUACCGAACCUUCAUGAUAAGAUAGGACCAAGAAAUCUAUGAAAGCUGCGGGGAUUGUCUUGGGCGUCCACGGCAGGAAGAGCUAACCGUGAAAACUAUGGCAUGAAGGUGGUCGUAUGCAUGGUUGAAGCACCGUAAACGCCGCUGCGCAUCUACCCCUUGUUCGUUCAGGGAAUUUUGCUUCUGAUUUGUACAGAUGCACUUCUGUUAGUUUGAGGGCAUCACCCUUGGACGCCGUUGUUUGGAGUCGAGGUCUUCCGGACGAUGUCUAUUGUACAAUUCUCGCACAUCUUCCGCUUAGCAGCUUCUUACGGUUGAGAACUGUGUGUAAAAGCUGGAAUUCUAUGACCAAGGAUAAGAGUUUCUUGGAGGCUUGUUCUCGCAUCAGCUCCCAGAAUCCUUCGUUGCUUCUCAUGGACAAUGACAACUGUUGGACCUAUGAACCUGCAGUGAAUGACUGGAAAUCCAUUCCACUUUCAUUCUUUAAACCUCAUGACGACAGUCAUGGCCCCGCAUAUGUGGUGUCUUCUGCUGGAGGGAAAAUUCUUCUCUUACGUCGGUGUCGUCUUCUCUUGUACAACCCCCUCAACGAUUCGCUCAAAUUGCUUCCUCCUAUGUUGGACAUGGAGCCGAGGGAGUUACCAGCUGUCUUUGACAUACACAUCAUCGGAAUGUUCGUCACUGAGGAUGGGACGAGUGAUGCGAUCAACAUUUUGGUAAUGAAUAAACGGACGAACGAGGAAGGAAUUGAGGGUGAUUUCGUCGAUUACGACUCCUUCGAGCCGUUUGUCUCUCAAGUUUACGAUUCUCGAACAGAAUCAUGGAAGAUGAAAGUGGAUUUCAAACCACUGUUCAAAUGGUCGAUUUCGAGUGCAGCCAUGUCAAACACAAAGCUGCUCUGUGUGACCACUUGCAAACGCAACCCUCAACCGAGUCAUCUGGCGAUAUACUCCGUAGUGUCUGAUACUGCCGACGCAUGGCGGAGGGAAAACAUUGCUAUGCCUCAUGAGAGGCUUCCUCUAGUGUCGCCCCAUCUUUUCACCCAUCGUGGAACUCUGAUGCUGGUGGCUGCACUCCCGACUUACGAGAGCCGAAACGAGCGGUUCCCCGUUUGGAACAAUGUCAUAAUAUGGAAAUUAUCCAGGUACUCGACUCCGGUCGAAACAGAUGGUCACUGGGAGAGGUUGAUGGAAUUUGAGCCCAAGGAUCUCAACGAUGAGCUCUGGAACACCACCACUGAGAGCUUCUUCUUCCUGACUGGAGGAGAUUACAUUUACUUUGGCUCGAGGAGCGGUAGCAGUGUAGGCAUGAUAAAUUUGAGGUCGCACACGUGGAGACUACUGCCUUCGUUUCCUGGCAUCACUUCUCACUUCGGCAACUCCAUCCUCAAUAUGAACCUUCAGACAUUCUUAUUCCAACCGAGAUUCGAUCUAGUUCUCUAAAUGAUCCGAGAAGUGUUUCCAGUCACAGCCCGGUCUUCAUAUUAUAGUUAUACGGAUCGCAUAUGUCGAAGUCUGAACGAUAGUCAACCAUGCGAUAGUGCUGGUGUGGAUGUCAGUGGAUAGUAAUGGAAACACCUUCCGAGUUCAGAACUUUUGGUCGGUGGCAAAGGAGGUAUGGGAAAUGAAGUUAUUACUUUACAAAAUGGUAGUAAAUCUGGUGUCAUCUCAAGGGAGAUAGUUCAUAUCCCAAUGACAAUGAUAUCUGGAGACUACUCCACGGGACUUGAUGUUGAGCGGUGUCCCACUUUGCAAUUACAAUUAUGGUCGAAUCUUUUCUCUUCGUUAUU